AUGGGCUUCUUCUCUUCCGACUCGCACCAGGAGGUCUACAACCAGGAGCCUCGCGAGGGCAAGUGGUCUCACGAGCUCAUCGGCGGCGCGGCGGCGUUCGAGGCGAUGCGCCAGUACGAGAAGCACGAGGAGCGCGAGGGCAAGCCGCAGAGCCACGCCUUUGCCAAGGAGCUCAUUGCCGGCUUUGCGGGCGCCGAGGCCGACAAGCUCUUCGAGACCAAGGGCCUCAGCUUCCUGGACCGCGAGGAGGCCAAGCGCCACGCGCGCCAGCAGGCGGAGCAGGCGUACGAGGACCGCUACCAGUGA